AUGUCUGGCUUCGAAGCUAUCCUCGGUGUCGUAAGCGCGGGAGCAGGGCUUCUUUCAUUGAGUAUCCAGCUUGGAGAGUCGGCUAUGAAGCUGAAGCGAAUUUAUAAUGCAGCGAAAGAUGCUCCAGCAAACCUGCAAACGCUACUACUUGACCUGGAAACCAUGGCACUCGCCUUAGAGCAACUUGAGCACCAUCGACGGCAUGAUAGUCAUCAUGAGGAGUUGAUGAUCCGCUGUAUUGCACGAUGUCAACAAAGUACCCAAGUUGUGCAGCAGGUAGUUGACAGACUUGAGCGCUCCCUGACGAAGCAUUCGCGGAUCCGGGGGAGGUUGUACAGCGCAUUUAAAGAACGAGAUGUGAAAGAUCUCCUUGACGAUCUCGAGCGGGCCAAAACUUCCCUUCACAUUGCAUACUCCAUGUAUAUGCACGCAGAACAGCAGAGGCGAGACCGCGAGCACCACGCUAUCCUGACCGGCCUUCAAGAACAGCUGUUUGAAAGAAGUGCAACCAUUUCACAGGAGAUGUCUAUUCUCACUGAACCUUCUGUACGAUUGGUGCAGCUCGAGCAGGCUGUCAGCGCAACAGGCGCAGUUGAGACUCUAGUUCCCGUCCAUGAUCGUAGCCGCGCCGACGAACGAGCAACCUCUAGUGUGAGGCUUAUCAGGCACAGGAAGAAGACACCCUACUUCCGGACUUCUUUUCGAUUUCCCUCUUGGUUCUCAAGCCGCAUCUGGAACAUGGCUAUGGUUUGUGCGCAAGGCGGCUGGACUUUUGAGCUCACGACGUGGAACGCUGUUCCGCGUGACUCUCUUGUGUUUCGAUAUUGCAGAACGGGGAAUCUUGCUGGACUACGGCGUCUCAUGGCGAAUAAAGAAGCUUCACCUCUGGACAUUAUUGAGUUCCCAAGUCGUCGCGAAACCUUACUCGAGGUUGCGUUUUCCGAGGCACAAGUAGAAAUUUGCCGUUUUCUCUUGUCAUUGGCUGUUUUACCAGAUCACAUCACUAUACUGAGCCGUGCUCUAGAUCGCGCUGUCCUGCUACAUUUCACCCAAAGUCUCGACGAGAUGUACACAUUGGUCUUUGAAGAUCCUGAAUUCUGUGCUGAUAUCAGUGUUGCUGCUCCUAGUGAACAGCGUGGAUGGCUGACUUCUUACUGCAGCACAAGCUGUCUCGACAUUGUUCUGCGCCAUCAAGGACCUGAGUUCCUUGGCCGCUCGGCAAGUACGAAAUUCGACCUAGCGGUCCAAAUGUUUUCGCUUGAGCCUGAAGGAUUUCUCAAAUUGAUCGGCGUACAGCGAUGGGACAAUCGGUUAGUGCACCCUAGAGGUAACGAUGGUGAAUCAGUCUUGCAUCUGGUCGCAUUUCAUCUCAGCCACGAUCUCACCUUUACUAUCUGGUCCGACGAAUACUCGAGUUAUAAAUGGAGUUAUGAAUGGUUCCGAUUAGGGGUAGAUAUGCUUCGCAAUGGUGCAGACCCUCAUGCAAUAUCCCGUAGAUGGGAGUUUCGGGAUGACCCUGCACGCACACCUCUGAUUCAGCUCCUUUUAUGCUACAUCUCUCCCACUUUUUCCCCAUGGUGGGAUGGGCGUCUCGUAACGCCGGUGUCGCUGCUGCGUCUCAUUCGUUAUUGGGCUACUAUGGUCUGUGAAGCUGGACUGAAUCUUACGUGCUACGGUGCACAGGAAUCCCAGGUUUGGGAAUCACUUGGUGUACAAUCUCUUCUGCGGAGUGGUAAUUCAGGGAUCUACAUCAACCGACUGAUCUUUGGCCCCAAUCCAGAAGACUGGAGUUUGGAGUAUGGCGGUUCUGCAGUCAUUUCGGCCAAACUUGCAUUCCUGAUAGCAUAUUCUGGAGUCCAAGUGAAGAAGAGGAAGAUCUUGGUCCCUGGGAUGUUGUAUCAACAAAAGUCUUGCUUUCGCCUGCUGCGGACUUACGAGAUGUAG